CGGGCUGGACGCAGAGAUGGACGUUUCAGCGCUGCCGCUUCGCUCCUGGACCCGCUUAUCAGCCGCAGGGUGUGAGGGGCGCGUGAGAUGAAGCUCUUCGGAGAGCCGGUUAGCGGUGACCGGCGGGCGGAGCUGACGAAAGUGAAGCCCUGCUUUCAGCGCAGACUGUCUGCUCCCUCACUCAUUCUCAGUAAGGCACUGACCAGAACAAAGGCCAGCACUGCCAGCAGUGAGUGUGUGUCUGAUGUUAGCCCCGCCUCCUGUGACCUGGUGCAGGCCCUGCUGGGCCCCAGACGGAAGCUGGUUUGUCAUGGCGUUGCGCGGCUGCAGGCGGGGCUUCAGACUCAGGAGCGCUACCUCUUCCUCUUCAGUGACAUCUUCAUCAUCGGCAAGGCCAAGUCCUGUUCUCAGGUCAAGCAGAAGGCGUGUGUGCGUGUAUGUGAGAUGUGGACGGCCAGCUGCCUGGACGAGGUGUGCGAGAGCACCACCAGUCCAGACACGAGCUUUGUCAUCGGCUGGCCCACAUACAACUGUGUGGCUACUUUCAGCACGGCAUCCCAGAAAGAGAGGUGGUUCUCCCUACUUGAAAGCUGUAUACAAGAGGAGAAAGAGCAUGAUGACCCCAAAGUCAUCCCACUCAAGAUAUAUGUGAAGGAUGCUGGGAAUUGUGCCUACGCAAAAGCUCUCUCUGUCAGAAAUACAGACUGCACCUCUGACGUUAUCAACGCAGCGCUACAGCAGUUUGGAUUGCCGGGAACUGUGAAGGACUUUCAGCUGUGGGUGAGCUCCAGUAAGGAUGAGGCUCCGUACCCUCUGAUUGGUCAUGAGUUCCCGUACAGUAUAAAGAUGAACCACAUACUGGCGCUGCAGCAAGAUGGAGAGAUGCUUCCUCACCACCAGGUGGCGCUGCUGUCUGAUGAUACACGCUGUCAGUUCAUCCUUAGGCCUUGUAGAGUGAACUGCAACCGCACAGUAUCAGAUGAACCCAGGAUUAAGAGAAAGGUGCCAUUGUUUACUUGGCCAUUCAGACGGAGCUCCACCACAGACCUGGACAGCCACCUACAAUCAUCAACAUCUCCUGACUUCACUGCUGGCUGUCUGUUUGGACAGCCACUCAGUGAUGUAAUCGUUGACAACACCCUUCCUCCACCCAUCAAGGACAUGCUGCUGUGUUUGAGUAUUGAGGGUGCUGCGACUUGUGGAAUAUUCCGCCGCUCUGCCGGGGUGAAGGCCUGCCGGGAAUUAAGAAUGAAACUGGACUCCGGUACCUACCACCACUGCCUCAACGAAGAAUCUGUAUUUGUAACUGCGGCUGUUUUUAAAGAGUUCCUGCGUAAUAUUCCAGCUAGUCUGUUGUGUGAAGAUCUCUAUGACCAGUGGCUCAGAGCAGUGGAGUGCAAUGCAGAAAGAGGAAACGAGAGCAGCGUGCAAGAAGUGCAGAGGCUGAUCCAGCUCUUACCUAAGGAGCACUGUCUGUUGCUGAAACACGUGAUAGCAAUGCUUCACUACGUCCAGAGCCAUGCCGACCACAACCAGAUGAACUCCUCUAACCUGGCCGUGUGCAUCGCCCCGAGUCUGCUGUGGAGUAACUCUUCGCUCACUCUGCAAGAGGACACCAAGAAGGUUUGCGACCUUGUUCGCUUCUUGAUUGACAACUGCCAUUCUGUAUUUGGGGAGGACAUCACAUCUCUUAUUGACCUUUCUUUGGACAGCAGGAGGAACUGCAGAUCUGCAGGUUCUUUGCGGCAUUUUUCAGACUCCUGUUAUGACAGUCUGGAGAAUGAGCUGAAUGCUGAACCUGAGGAUCUUCCCUCGAUCCGCCUCAACAUGCUGAGCCAAGAUUCGCUAAUCUCUCUGAGUGACUGUGAUCUUGACCAAUCAGAGCUUGACGUUGAACCUGACUCCUCCCUACCACUUGCUCGAAUCAAGACCUUUACACCUACUGUACGUCAACUUCGGCCUCAGAAAUUGCGUCGCUGUUCUGAGCCGGCCUUGGUGGGCCAUGCCCCCUUGAGCCUGGAAGUACGUAAGGCAAGCCUUGAUAGCAGUGCCAUGCAAGAAGAAAUGAGGGUUGAGGAUGGUAAAGACAACGUGUUCCUGGAACACGGCUUACGAAACCUGAAGCUAACAUGCAGAGGGGGCAGAGUCAGCCAACAUGGGCGACAAAACUUGCGAUUGAGCAACACUGGAUCCAGUUUGUCAUCCUCUGCAAGUUCUUCCUCAUCUGUGAGCUCAAUGGAAAUUUCAUCAGACAGUGUUUUCUCUCAAAGUGAUGAACACUGUGGCGCUCUUGGUCCCCAAGGUUCUUCACUGAAGUUCCAAUCUGAAGUACCUUUGCAGAAGAACCACAAUUGUUUACAUCCAGUUACCUUGACAGAAGGGUAUCCAUCACAAGAACCAGGCAGCUUUCAGAUCCAUGGGGGAUCAUGUGUCAAGCAUCUUUCUUGCAGGGCCAGCAAACCUCCAUCUUACCAGGAGGCGUUAUUGUACCUUAACAGAAGUCCUCCAGCACAAAUGCUGAAAAAUAGUCCCCUCCCACAAACGUCAUCUAUGCAGCUCUUCCAUGAAGAAAAGAGCCUUUUCUACAGGGGUCCAGCACCCUGCCCAAUAGUGGAACCCCAGAGUCCCUCAAAUCGCCCAACUCUUAGCACCAGCUGCUCUGAGGCUCACCCACGGUCAGACAAAGCCAUUGCAAAUCUGGACCCUUGGGCAGACAACGAGGUUUUCCUACCUCAGAGUGUGUUUUUUGGACAGAGCUGCAGGCUGACAUUGCAGAGGUCCAGGCUUCUAUCUCAGGACACAGUACCCACUCUUCCUGGCCCUCUCUCAGGCAGGUCCAAAGGACUUGGCUCCCAUCAUUCCACCAGGCAGAAUGCCCAGAACUCUUUCAUAAAGCCAGCCUCUAAUGGACUGGGAGUGGUCAGGGGUUUGGAAGACCUGGACCAGUGCAGUGGUGGACUGUACUGUGGUCAAUGGGGUGAAGACCUGGAGCAUGGACUCCAACCAGAGGAGUCCUAUGUUUAAAGACAGCACUAGAAAUUUGCAUCAUGACAAUUUUUGCUAUUUGAAUACUGUGCAUUUUUAAUUCAAUAGUAGUCUAAGAUCCCAAAACUGAAAUUAAUAUAAAGAAAGAAUGAAAACACAAAAAGUUUAGGACUCAUUUGUUGCAUGACGCCAGGACAAGAAGUGAUCCAUACUGUACCCGUACUUGCUUGUGUCCUGACAUUCUCUACAGUCAAAAACUUAUUUGAAGAUUAUCCAACAAAUAUAUUUCAUUUAUUUAUAUUAUAUAAUAUUAUAUAAACUAAUCAUACAAAUAUCAGAUUAAGUAAACAAAUUACAAUACGAGCUUGAAUAGCCUCAUAUUUGAAUAACCACGCCCAUGUCUAGUAAUCACACACUUGUUGAAAGACAUUUCCUUGUAAUGUGCUUUCUAUUAUACAGCUUUAUAUAGUACAGUUAUAUAUUGCUCAGUACUUUCUGUAAGUCAGACUUAUGUUAAUGGAUAAUAUAAGUAUUCUAUUUUGUUCAUAUAUUGUCUGACCAUGGAAACCAUAUGUUUUGUAACUUAAUGCUCAUAGUGGGCCUCGUAUUGUAUUUAUGUAUUUCUUAGCUUAAUAAAAAAAGACUGAAUUUCCAUAAGUUUGAUCAAAUUUUCUCAAGCGCCUAAAACAUGUGUACAGUACUGUAUUCAUACAGUGGUGUCCAAAGGUUUUGGUGACCCUGGUUGUAUGUUUUGAUGAUUUGCAAAAUACAAAAAAUUGUAUUUGCAGAAGUUAUGGCACCUUUUAUAUAUAUAUUGUCCCCCCCCCCAAUAUGUUAAACACAGCAAAAAGAGGUUAACUGAGAGUAAAUGAACUCUGUUUUGUGAAUAACUGUUGUUUACCUUGUCUGACCAUUAAAAUACAUUCACUUUUAACUUCAUUCUCUGUAUUUUAUGCACAGUGUAUUUACAUGUUUCUAAGAUUUGGCUUAAUAAAAAAUAACUGAAUUUUAUAGCACUGCUGAAAUUUCAGACCUCAUCUGAAAUCAACAGCUGCAUGUAAAAGCUGGAAACUGUUGUCAGUGAACAUGCACAUGUACAUAUAACAGCACAGUCCAAACGUCCUUUUUAUGAAGGCCCACUUUAUUUUUAUUUAGGUGUCUUUUUUAACAGCAUAAUAUCCUAUCCAUGCAGUACCUUAAUAUUAAUGCUAUACCUCUACACUCACUCUAAAGGCAAUGAUUUGAAAGGUCUAACAAAAA